AUGAAAACCAUUUGUUGGAAUUCCCGUGGGCUUGGGAACCCAUCGGGAAUUCGUGCAUUACGCGAUUUAAUCGCACGAGAAGGGCCCGACUUGCUGUUUUUGCAAGAAACGAAGCUGUCAACAAAAGGUAUGGAUGCUCUUAAAUGUAAACUGGGUUUUGUGAAUUGUUUUUCUGUUGAUUCUGAGGGGCGGAGUGGGGGAUUGGGUUUGUUGUGGAAUUCGGAUUUGGGGGUAGAACUUAGGUCUUUUUCACAAUACCACAUUGAUGUUCAUAUUAAAAUCGAUGAUUUAAUGGUGUGGAGGUUUACGGGUUUAUAUGGACAUCCAGAUACUUCGCGUAGAACUUUUACAUGGAACCUUAUUAGAACUCUUAGUUCUAUUGAGCAACUUCCAUGGUUAGUGGGAGGAGAUCUUAAUGAAGUUUUACACCCGCAUGAAAAAAGAGGUGGAAGGGAUAGACCCGUAUCUCAAAUUGAGGCUUUCCGAGAGGUGCUAACCGAAUGUGAGUUGAGGGAUUUGGGGUAUAAAGGGCAAAGGUUCACUUGGUGGAAUGGAAGGGGUGGAAAUGCUCAUAUUUUUGAGCAUUUGGAUAGGUUUGUGGGAAAUGAUUUGUUGACACAUUUAUUUCCACAUCUGGUGGUUCAGCAUGGAAAUGUUGCACAUUCGGAUCAUAUACCAAUUUUAUUUGAGUCUUCUAAUUUCCAGCCUAUGCCGAGGAGACCUAAACAAUUUCAUCUCGAAGCUAUGUGGGUGGGUGAGGAACAAUGUGAAAGAAUUAUUGAACAAGUGUGGAGUGAGAGAGGAGGCAAUCGGGGUAUGGAAGAUUUGCUUAAUCUUAUUCAAGGUUGUGGCCAGCAGCUUAAGAUAUGGAAUAGACAUUCCUUUGGGUUGGUAAAGAAGAAGCUGAAUGAAGCUAGAGCAGAGCUUGAAAAGGCACAAUUUAGUCAUUCUCAUGACCCGAAUCCUAAAGGGCUUAGUCAAGCUAUAAAUAAAGUACAAUUGUGGCUUGAAAGGGAAGAGGUGAUGUGGCGCCAAAGAUCAAGAAUCCAGUGGUUAAAAGAGGGAGAUCAAAACACACGUUUUUUCCAUUCUUCUGCAUCUAUGCGAAGGAAGAGGAAUACUAUACAAGGUCUCAAAGAUGAUCAAGGACAUCUCACUGAAGGUGCACAAAGGGAUAAACUGAUUGUUGAUUUUUUUGAAGACCUUUGCACCUCUACUACAUAG